GUCUCGUUCCACAGACGUACACACCACACUCUCCCACUCAGCAACACGGACACGAACACCUCCUGCUGCCGCGACGCAAAACGAUGAAGCUGGACGCUUCGCCAAGGCAGAGGAGCCAAGAGGCAGAGCAGAAGCAGGGCAUCGUCGCCAUUGAGGUUGAGCUAUGGAAGAACCACCCCAAAGGGCUCACCUGCUCCGUGGGCUGCGAGGAGGAGUCGCCGCUGGUGCCGCCGCUCAACUUCGCCAUGGUCGACGAUGGCAUCUUCCGCUCGGGCUUUCCCGGCGCAGCCAACUUCCGGUUCCUAGGAUCCCUCAAACUGCGCUCCAUCGUGUACCUGUGCCCGGAGCCGUACCCCGAGGAGAACGCGCGGUUCCUCGGGCGCAGCGGGAUCAAGCUCCACCAGUUCGGAAUCCAAGGGCGCAAGGAACCCUUCGCCGGCAUCCCUGAAGAAACAAUCCGAGAGGCGCUCAAAGUCAUCCUUGACGUAAGAAACCACCCGGUGCUCAUUCACUGCAAGAGAGGCAAGCACCGGACCGGAUGCUUGGUGGGGUGCCUGAGGAAGCUGCAGAGGUGGCGCCUGUCAUCGGUCUUCGACGAGUACCUGCAUUUCGCGGCGGCCAAGGCGAGGAAAACCGAUCAGAGGUUCAUGGAGCUCUUCGACACGUCAAGCCUGGAGGAGGCGCCGCCGCCGCCGCCGAAGCCUGCCCCAAAGAAGGCGGCGGAGGUCCCGAAGCCCCCGGUGGCGGCCGAGGCCAAGAAGCCAGGCGCCUUCGAGCGCCUCUGGUCCACCAACGACGAGGUCCGCAUCCUCGAGGCCCUCGCCGCUCACCGCAAGCAGCACGGCGCCCUCCCGCAGCCCGACGCUCUCGUCGACGUCCUCGCCGGGAAGCUGGACAAGCGUGCCUACGGCAGCAAGGAGCUCCAGUCCAAGGUCAAGAGCCUCAGGUUCCGGUACCUCACACUCAGCAAGAGGGGCGAGGUCCCGAGCAAGGAGCACGACCGCCGGGUCCUGGAGCUGUCCAAGCUCGUCUGGACAAGUGACAAGACCUCCCCUGUUGCUGCUGCUGCUGCUGUGGCGAAUGUGGCCAACGGUCAUGAGCCCAAGGGGUUCGAGGAGAUGUGCGAGCUGUACCCGCACCUAGCGGAGGAGGUCAAGGGGCUGGAGGCGGCGCGCCCGGGCAUGUGCAAGAGGGAGUUUGGGAAGAUGGAUGACGACAAGGCGCGUGCCAUGGACGAGAAGAUCAAGAAGCAGAGGGUGAUGCAGAUAAAGGUGGAGAUGCGCCACGCCGACCUCAUCAAGGAGGUGACCAAGGCUCUGGUCGACCUUGUCGAUGCAUGAGGAACUUACCUGAAACUGGCUGAUGAGAGCAAUGCUGGAACUGCAAGUUGUGAUGUCUUGGUAGUGCAGAAACGUAUUAUGCGUGACAUUGGCGUAUGGUAGAAUGGCAAAUUUCUUGGUGGUGCAAGGAUGUUCUAGAGUUGCAAUUGUGUCGUCUCGAUGGAGUGUAAGGAUGUUUUGUCGUGAUGAGAGCAUUGCUUGAAUUGCAAACUGUGGCAUCUUUAUGGUGUAUAAGAAUGUUUCUUGUGUGA